CGUGGCCUGACUUGCGGGAUGGAGGGAAGCGACGACUGAGUCGAAUCAUGCGAGUCCCAUCGCCAAUAUUUCGAGACAUCUCCAACGAAUCGACCCUACGAGGCGACGGAGCAGAGGCGGUGCGGUCCCUCCCGGCCAUCGAUCCUCGUGGCGACCACGGUGGGCAUCUGCCUGACCCACGCGCGCGUCCGGCCGCAGCUCAUGCACCAAGUCGGAGCAUCAUCACUCGCCUCGCCGGAGCGAUGAGACCCAGGAAACACGGCAAGACGGAGCAGGGAGGCCGCCCAAGUUGCUAGAAACUGGGUCUUUUUCACUAUGUGGUCACUGGGGACGCCAUGGUGUUCCUCGUCGCGCUCCAGGUGUUCGACGGAAUGUGCCUGGGCGACGGCUCCAUCCUUCAGGUGUCCUCAUCAAACUCUGGCCACAAUAGAGACGGGAAUCAAGGUCUACCAUUGACUCUGCCUUGAUUAACCUUAAGAAGCAGGAGUAUGGAUUUGAACAUGAUGCCUCAAGAGGAAGACGAUGAAGGUAUUAAUUUGAAUUUGAUGCCUCAAGAGGAGGAACCUCAAGUGGCAGAGAAUGUAGUUAUGGAUUUGAACUUGAUGCCUCAAGAGGAAGACGAUGAAGAUAUGAAUUGGAUGCCUCAAGAAGAUGAAGGGAAAGAGGAUGAAGCUCAAGAGGAAGAGGAUGAAGUUAUGAAUUGGAUACUUCAAGAGAAGAGAAGAGAAUUGUCAGAUAAGGAGAGGCAUGGUGUUUACUUUGCCUUGCUGGUAAUCGAGCUCAGAGAUGGGUCUGUUCAACCAGACGACAAGCUGCUAGUCUCAAACCUGUUGGACAUAAGUGUACGAUCUGUUGAAAGAAUCUGGGAAGAGGCUAAAAAGCAAAUUGCCGAUGGCAAAGAAGUAGAUGUCUCAAGCAAGAAGCCAGGAAGAUCCGGCAGAAAGAGAAAGGAGCUAGAUCUAGAGAGGACCUCAACAAUCCCACUGAAUAAAAGAAGAACAAUUCGAUCUCUGGCACGGUCUCUAGGUGUGGCCCGAUCGACCCUACAUAAGAGGUUCCAGUUGAAUGAGCUCAACCGCAUCACAAGCACCGUGAAGCCUCAUCUCAAGCUAGAGAACAAGCUUGCGAGAUUGAAAUUUUGUAUGUCCAUGGUCGAUGACAAUUCGAUCUCAACUUCUCGGACUAUGUUAAAACCAAUGACGAAUAUGGUUCACAUUGAUGAGAAGUGGUUUGAUAUGACGAGAGUGAAGAAUAGUUACUAUGUACUUCCAGGAGAACCUGAACCGAAGUGCACCGUGUCAAACACUCACAGCAUUGGGAAGGUGAUGUUCCUAACAGCUGUUGCCAAGCCUCGAUAUAACAAUGAGGGGGAGCUAACAUUCGAUGGGAAGAUCGGCAUUUGGGCAUUCGUCGAAGAGACUGAGGCGAAGCGGACAAGUCAGAACAGAACAAAGGGAACAAAGUGUUGACAUCAGUGAAAGUAACCAGGCUUGUGUGCAGAGAUUAUCUAAUCAAUAAGGUUAUCCCGGCAAUUCAAGAUAAGUGGCCUGACGAUGAUGAGGGAGCAACAAUAUUCAUCCAACAGGAUAACGCAAAGCCUCAUGUCCUUCCCAAUGAUGUAGCUUUUCGAGAAGCUGUGAAACAAACUGAUCUUGACAUCCGAUUGCUACAACAACCCCCAAAUAGCCCUGAGUUAAAUUGUUUGGACCUCUGCUUCCAUAGCUCUCUCCAGUCUCUAACCGACUGCAGGUCACCUACAAACAUCCAGGAACUGGUACAGGGUGUGGAAGAGGAAUUCGAGAACUACGAUCCCGACAAGUUGCACAGAAGCUUUAUCACAUUAGAAGCAGUUAUGUUUGAAGUUAUGAAAGACAAAGGAGGAAAUCAAUAUAAGUUGCCCCACUUGCACAAGGAUCGCGUUUAGAAUGCUGGAAUGGAAAUGACCGGUGUAUAUUGCGACAGUCGGGUAGUUGUUGAUACUAGGGCCAUUAUAGAAGAAAUGGAAAUUGCAAUAGGAAAAGAAAAUGAAAGGAAAGAAUUAGCUAGAGAAGGGAAAAGAAAGAAAAGUAAAGGGAAGGGAAUGGAAGAAGUGGCCAGAGAAAGAAUGUAGUCAAGAGGGGGCAAAGAGGCCCUUAUGUCAUGUAGUCAGGUGCUCCUUGUGUAUGUCUUGUGUAAUCUUGUGUCAAGAGGGGACAAAGAGGCCCUUAUGUCAUCUCCUUGUGUAUGCCUUGUCUAAUCCUUGUAUAUCAACUCCUUGUUGGAAU